AGCUUUAUUUGACUAACCAAGAGACAGUUUAGGUAGACUUUAGGCUGCGUGAGUGUGACGCUGAGGUGAAGCCAACAGUCGGACAGACAUUAUUAUUCUACGCGCUUUUCAAUGGAGCUGUUUGCCUACAAGACAACGACUUGCAACAUUUGGUAAGGCAUGAUGGGUAUCAAGCUGCAAGAAGCUGGUGUAGAACUGUUGACAUCAUCAGGGGAGGCAAUUGUGGCUGCUCAUAUCAUGGGAGGUGUAGGAAAAGAUGGUGUAAAACACAUUUCAACAAACAGCAGCAAUGGACAAGAUGAACAGUAUCAUCAUGAUGAGCAUAAAAUCAAUGAAAAGGUGCCCACUCAUAGUAAGAUCCUGACAUCUCUUGUAGCUGGAGCCCUUGCAGGAUCCGUUGCUAAAACUGUUAUUGCCCCUUUAGAUCGCACCAAAAUCAACUUCCAAGUUGCCAACAAACCUUUUUCAUUCGGCAAAGCUUUGAGCUUCUUGUAUAAAAGUGCAAAAAAUGAAGGGAUCCUGUCCCUAUGGCGGGGGAACUCUGCCACCAUGGCACGCAUUGUGCCCUAUGCUGCCAUCCAGUAUGCUGCUCAUGAGCAGUUUAAAAUUAUGCUUAAUCCUAGUAAGACCAAGAAACAUUUGCCACCAGCUCGCCGCUUCCUUGCAGGGUCAUUAGCUGGGGUCACCUCUGUAGCCUGCACCUAUCCGCUUGAUCUUGUCAGAGCUCGCAUGGCAGUCACUGCUCGUGACAGGUAUCACAAUAUUGUAGAGGUUUUCCUCAAGAUUUACAGGGAAGAGGGCCCCAGGACAAUGUACCGUGGUUUCACACCUACCAUGCUAGGUUCCAUUCCAUAUUCUGGCACAAGCUUUUUUACCUAUGAGAGUCUUAAGAAAUUCCAUGCAGAGACAUUCAAAGGUCGAGAUCCUAAUCCAGUAGAAAGGUUGAUAUUUGGAGCCUGUGCUGGAUUGCUGGGACAGUCUGCUUCAUAUCCUCUGGACAUUGUCCGGCGCCGUAUGCAGACAGCAGGAGUCAUGGGUCAUGCCCAAGAUUACACAUCAAUCAUAGGUACAGCUCGGCAGAUUGUUGCUGAAGAAGGUGUGAUCCAGGGCUUGUAUAAAGGGCUAAGUAUGAACUGGAUCAAAGGGCCGAUUGCUGUUGGUGUCAGCUUCAUGACUUUUGACCUCACACAGCGCUGGCUUCGAAGACUAGAGGUUUUUCAUGAUGGUGUACGGUAACCUUCCCCUAUACAAGGGAUAAACAUUUGUUGCAGAAGUUUUACAGUGAGCACUCAGAGUGCCUGUCAUUGUAUAUUUAAAGUCUUUAAAAAAUGUGAUAUGUACAUCUGUACCAGCGGGUGUCAACUAUUUUGUAGAGAAUGUAUCAGAUGAAAAGUUUGCUUUGUGUGUGAGUGCAGACAAGGGCAUUUGGGUGUGGUUUUGACAUGUUGUUGUGCACAUUCAUGUCAUUUUUGUCACUUUUUUUUACCCCAGACUAGCUUACAACAAGCUUCCUGACUAUAAAAUUUGGUAACUGUGUGUGUACAUGUUGCUGACAGCAAUUCAAGUUUUGAGUGCUACUUCUACAAUAGAGAGUACACAAAAUAUUGGUAUGAAAUGAUGACAACUGACAUGAGUAUGCAUAAAAAGAAUAUUAAAUCACGUUUUUCUUUUUCUUUGCGAAUACUAAAAAGCAGUUUAUAAUUACACAAACAAUGUUUGCUUAAUAAGAUUAAGACUAACAUGGUCACUAUUUUUAUAAAAGUAAUUUUUAUAAAAAGUAAUCUUUAUUACACACCAAACAUUGAUUCUUAAGAUUUAUUAUUUUUCCCCAAAAUUAUCUAAUAAAAAUCUUAAGCUGCCUCAUUAUCCCUGAAAUAGCAUCAAAAUCAUUUCAGUGAAGAUAAGUUGCAGGUAGAUCUUCUAAUUAAGUUGUUCACUGAUGUGCUUUGCAAUCAAUGUGGAUGAAUUGAUGCAAUCGAGCUGUAGCAGUGAAAGCAUUCACAUCUGUGAAUGCAAAGGAGUAGUUAAGGCAUGAUUACCACAUUGAUUAUUUUACCCUGCUUGAAUAUUUCUCAAAUAGAGAAUGUAAUGUGAUGCAACUGUUUCAUUUAUAAUUUUCCAUGAAAAUUUAUUGCAACAUCAAUAUCCUUUACGUUUGCGCAACAAGAAGCAUUUUUCCCCUGCCUCAUGCAGUGAACAGUUGAUAUUAGGAAACACCUUCCACUGCUAGAGUGUCAAUGUGUAAAAGGUGCAUGCUCUUUUCUUUAAUUUCUUACAAUUCCAAGCGAACCCAGUAUUUUUAUAUGUAUAUUUAAAUAUCCUUUUAAAAAUCCCAGCAAAAUGAAAUUAUCUCUUAGAGGAGAGGUAAUUAUAGUUAAAAACUCUACCAACAUGAGCCUAUGUGCAUAACUUUCAAAAUGGAAAGAAAAAAACAAGACUCCUAUUAUGAAAAGGUACAUAAAGUAUUCUUGAUGUCUUGUUUCCAUAAAGUCUUGUGAUUGGUAGCUCUGUGCAUCGAUGAAAAUUGUUAUGACUAGCACCUUGGAUCAUGAUACUGAUUGCAGUAGUUAACCAUGUUCCCCAUCAUUGAGGGGGGGACGGCGGUUAAAUGUCACACAAGUUAGCGCCUGUCACCAAUACAGUGAAGAUUAGCUGUUCUGGGUUCAAAUCUUUUCUUGUGCAUGCUUGUCUGUCUCUGCAUGUGGAAUCUGUUUUACUGGACUGACAGCUUUGCCAUGAUAUAGCCUUAGUUGCUGGCUCAGUGUCAAACACCAGUUUUUCCCCCACACGCAUAUACAAUCAUUGGAGUAGCAUUCUUGACAUUUGAUUUUGUAUGGGGAAGAUGAGUAUGAAGCUUUGAUUGAUCUUGAUGGUAUCAGCAGCCUGUGUUCUAUAAGAAACAUAAUUGCUUCAAGGAGCUUAUUAUCAUAGAAGUAAUAAUAAUGUGAAUUUAUAACAUGCAGCAUCAUGACCAAGAUAUAUUGCACUAUCUGUGCAGACCAAUAAUGAUAAAUGAAAUAUAACAGCCAGUGGACAGUGAGGUACGUAAAGUCACACUGUACAACAUAAGAUGAGGUACAAGAGUAGAGUGUAAAACAGUGGAUGAAGGGACGUAAAUACUAUAAACAAUAAGAUGAAGUCGUUACAUGGUGGUUAGCAUGACAUUAUUGCCAGGGAGUUAAGAAUGGUAAUUCAGGGAUAGUACUUUGUGAACAGACAUGUUUUCAGAGACUGUUUGAAUGUAGUCUUGGAGUCCGAGUGACGAAUGUGAUGUGGAAGAGAGUUCCACUGCUUAGCAGCACAAACGGAGAAUGUAUGUUACUGUUUUUCGUGGUAGGGAUGGACAGAAUGCAGUAGUCUGAUGAGGAGCGAAGGUUUCGGGCAGGAAUGUGGACAGACAAAAUUUCAGUAUAGUGGGGAGAGGAGCCAUCAAAGAAUCCAUAGCAUACAGUUUAGAGCUUGUAGUUCAUUCUAGCUUGGUAAGCAAUGAAGAGAGUGAAAAGUGCUGUGACAUGCUUCCACUUGCAAGUCCAGAAAACGAGACAAGCAGGUGAAUUUUGGACUUUCUGAAGCUUAUCAAUGAGGUACUGUGGAAGCCAGCAAGAAGAGAGUUGCAGUAGUCUAGUCAGAACAAAUAAGCUGAUGAGAAUUUUGGUGGUUGAGAUGGACAGAGUAUGACGAAUGGAGCUGAUCUUCCAGAGCUCAUAGUAUGCAGAACGGCAGAUGUGAGAAACAUGCUUAUCAAGAGACAUGUCAGCAGACAUUAUGUAAUCUAAGUUACGUGUUGAAGUACAAAAGAACAUCGGCAUCUCUUACCCGAGCAGAGACAGGCAGUGAAGGGUAAACUCCACUCUUCUCUUUGAAAAAAUUAAAGCUUUUGUUUUUUCAUCAUUUAGUUUUGACUUGUUGUGGGUCAUCUAUUGUCUAAUAUCAGAAAUACAAUCUUGGAUGUUUUGGAUAACGGUGUGUGCCUGAGAAGGAGAACAGCUGGUAUACAGCUGAGUGUCAUCAACGAAGGAUUGAUCAGAUAUAGAGUGAGAUUGAAUUAAAGUAGUAAGUGGCUUCAUGUACAUGAUAAAGAGGAUGGGACCAAGUACAGAACCUUGGGGAACUCCUGAGUGAAUAGAGACUGCUGGAGACAUGCAACCAUUCACUAUAACCGAGUUCUGAGAGAUAUGACUGAAUCCAGUUGAACGGGGAGCCUGAGAUACCAUAGAGCAUACUGAGUAUGAAUGAGAGUAGUGUGGUGCAUAGUAUCAAAGGCAGCAGACAGGUCCAACAUUGUGAGAAAUGAUAUCACCUCUGUCCAGAGCAGACAAAAUGUUUGUCACCUUAAGCAGGGCAGUCUCAGUGCUACGAAAAGGCUGAUAAGCAGACUGUGAUGCAGAAAUCAAAUGAAGGAGGAGUAAUAUUAUUGACACGGCAUUUCUUACUGGUAAUAGUAUAAACACAUUCUAUUUUGGGGGGAAAAUAAUAGAUUUGUCAUCGUUGGUAAACAAUAGGCUGACACAAUGUUGACCUUUUUUUGCAUAUGGUAUAUUUACGAAUUAUAAGAAAUCUGUACUGCCUAUGGUCACUGGCUUUUUUCAUUUUGUUUAUUUAUUUUUAGAUGGCUUUCUGACCCAGGAUUGAAAAACAUCUGAAAACAUGUCUGACCCAGGAUUGCAAUUAACAUGCUUCACCCCAUCCUUAUGAUGUCUGAGUUUGAACAGGCUGGAAAAUAAUUUGGAAUGCAUUUGUAUUAAUGUAUUUGUUUUAUUGGAAGUGGUUUUGGUGAAUGCCUUUUGUUAUGCUGAUUUAUGGAGUUACUUUGUAAUGCACUAGUCAUUUAAUCUGUGUAUUGCAUAUUAUAAGCAAGCAGUCUUAGAAGUCAUGAAAAAAAAAUCUUCAAAACUUUUGAGAUUAUUGUAGUUUACCCUUAAAAAAAAAAUCGCUCUGCCAUGGAGGACUGCAGACUGCAGGUAAGAAUAAUAAAAUUAGGCCCUUUUAUAAGAGCUCCUGAUGAGUGCAACACCAACGUGGCUUUCUUCGUGCUUGCUAUCUGUGCUUAGAGUCUACCAGAAGCUGGAUUAUUGCAGAAGUCUUUCUCAUUAUUUCAUGUUAUCUAUUAUUUCAAGUCUCAACUGCAACUCUUUGCCUUUUCUGUACCUGACCUGAAAAUCUGCUGUAUUACUAUAUUAAUAUUUUUUACACAUCUUACGUUUCUCCCAUACAAAUUUUAGGAGUUCUGUCUUUACAUAUUGCGCUACUGCCUUAUUUGUUGUCUGAAAAUAUAAUUCUCUUAACUGCAAUAUUCCUUUUACUGCCUGAUAACUUACAUUGUUUGCUCUUUAACCAUUUAAGUGCCUGCACACUAUAUUUUUUUUCACCAUUAUGUAGAAAUUGUUUAGGGCAUUGUCAACUGCUGGCAUUACUGCCAGAGUGCCUUUAGAUUUUUGCAGAAAAGAUGAGUGUUACGUUUUUUGAUAUCACACUCCUUUUAUUGCAAUGUGGUCUGUAAUAACUGCUAGAAGAAAACACUUCUUCAUCCCUUCAAAUUACUAGUGGGAUUUUCUUUAGCUUUUUUACUUUUGUGUGUUUGCAUUCAUUCAACAUAUAUGAAACAUCACUUAACAAAGAGGAUGAACAUCUCACUAUGUAACAUUCACCUCUAAAAUGUAUCUGUUUACAUAAUGUCAUAUGAUUUACAACAGGUAGAGCUAAUGAAAAUGAUAUUUAAGAGCACUAGUUUUGUAUUAUUAAGAGCUGGUAGUCACGGCUGCCAUUAAAUAAUCACAGGGGUCAGGCUAGAAGACACAGAAGCAAACUAUUUAAAGUUUUGUAGUCCUCAUAAACAGUUAAGCUUGCUAAACAGUUGGUGAAGCUAGGUGGAAUGUGGGUAGUGAUGAUAUUUUAAACAAUAAUGUACAACUUAGUCAUGUGCUAUAACUCAUCAUCAAUCCUGACUGCUUCUAUGCAACACAUAACUAAGAUCUGUAUGCAAGUCCAACAAAUGGUAAAGAAUUUGAUAAUGGCCCACUUUGUGUAACACUCACACUGGCCUAAAAGAAGGGUCACACUUAAGAAGUUCUUAAAAAAUUAGAACUGAAGCAAACUUGAUUUGAGACUUGGCACUCUAUAAAUACUGACAUUCGUAACAAAAUUGUCUUGUUCUGCCAUAAGGUCAGAACUCUGUACUGAUGGAACAGGAGUACAUUGAGAAGUAGAUCUGUGACAAGAUAUUGAGGGCUGCUGAAUUUCUGUUCUAGACAGUAGUUGUUUGAAAUAACUUUUUUUGUGUGCACUAGUUGGUAGCUAGUCAAGGUAACCAGAUUCUGAAAUGACAAAUGCUUGCUCUAUGUAGAUGCAUAGAGAGGGAAGAUAAAUAUUUUUUUCUGUCCUCUUUAGUAACAUACACCCUUUAUCUUUUGUUAUGUAUGUUGCAGCUUAUCAAAAGCCUAAAAACUGUUUUUGUAAAAAUUUUUAAAUACAUUCAAGUUAAUCUUUAAAAUGUUAAUCUUUUGGCUAUUAUGUAGUACUCUCAGUACUAGUACCCAGACUGAACAGUUGCUGAUAUAAUUUAAAGCAACUGAGUUAGAAAGUUGUGCCUCAGGGUGUGUACAUAAUGUGCAAUUUCUUAUUGAAAUCAUAAGCGAUUAACUUCAUAAAUUUAUUACAGCCUGUCAGUGCACUUGUAAAUGUUGGAACAGAUUUUGUGCAAUUCAGGUAAUGAGGUCGUCUUGUAUGACCUUGAUCCAAUGCCAGUAAAUGUGUGCACAGUGAAAAGAAAUGAAAAAUGUGUGUGUGUAAGUGAUUCAGUGUUGGUGAUGAUUUUCGGCUGUGGUGAGCCAUAAUAGAUGAACAUUUGCUCUGUACGAGCCCAUUUUUGCAAGGUAGAUGUUGGGAUGGCUUGAUUUGCAAGUAGUAUGCAGCUAUAUUUUUGUGAUGUUUGAAUAUGAACUGUGUGUUCACAAAAAAUAAAAAUAAACAGACAAUU